AGUAGAGGAACUGACUAUAUUUCUGUAAGCGCAACGUUGACAAAACUGGCUGAGUUAAGUUGUCUUUCGCUGUUUUCUGUAGUUUCUCCUUUGCUUUUAACUUAAGAUUAAGAUAAAAUGGGAAAGGAAUCCCUGAGAGACCACUUAGAUGGCAAAGAACUCGAUUUGAGUUUAAGCAAUUUAACUAAAGUACCUGUCAGAGAGUUGGCUGCGUUGCCAAAAGCAACACACCUGGACCUGUCUUGUAACCAGCUCUCAAGUCUACCAGAAAACUUUAGCUCACUAACUCACAUCGUGAAGCUAGACCUCAGUAAAAACAGCCUAACUUGCCUUCCAGAAAAUAUUGGCAAUCUUCACAGUCUCCAGCACCUAGAUCUUCUAGGCAACCAGUUGGAGCACCUUCCAAUCAGCUUUGCCAAUUUGCGGAAUCUGAGAUGGCUGGACCUGAAGGACAACAGCAAUCUGGACAAGGAUCUGAAGAAAGUUGCUGGGGACUGCCUAGAUGACAAACAGUGCAGAGAGUGUGCUAAAAGGGUUGUGGCGUACAUGAGUGAUAUUCAGAAAGAACUGGAAAACCAGCAGCAGAAGAAGGUGGAGAAAGAAAAAAAGAAAGCCGCAGCUCGAGAGAGAAAGAAGGAAGCCCAAAGGAAGGAGAAACAGCUCCAGAAGCAACUGGAGAGACAACGGAAGACGGAGGAGUACGAGGCAGCCAUUGCCGCCAAGAGACUCAAGGAAGAGAAGAAAGAAAGGAAGAAUGCCAAAGGUGCGCAGAAAGCAAACGGUGUCCAGCACACACCUGUCAAAGCAAAAUCAGGAACCUCUUGCCUGGUGGUGUUUAUCACCCUGUUUGUCACUCUGGUUGCCUUGAGUUUGGGCAUCUAUUUCUUCUGCGAGAGUGACAAGACGAACGUUCUGUGUGUUGACCUGCACUGGGCUGUGGAUAGUGUCGUCACAACAGCCAAGGACUGGACCCAACAGUUAAGGGACAAACUUGCAAGUUAGGUCUGUUUUUAUUGCAACCAAUCAAUUGAAUAUCCAACUUUGCCUUUGUUCCUAACAAAUCAUGGAGUUUUCAGGCAAUAUGUUAAGUUGUUACAAGUUGAGAGGUAUUUCCUCAAGAUGUUGUAUUGUGGUUUUUGCAUUGGCCUGUUUUGGCCUUUGAUUGAAUAUCAUCGUAUGUCUUUGUCCUAUUAUGCACAUUUUGUUACAUUUGUGUAUUUGUAAAUUUUGGAUCAUUUUACACAACGGGAUAGUUUUUUCGUACGAAAUAAAAUUAACAACCGUUAACAACUGUUUGUUGUAUUCCUUGUUGGUCCCAAUUUGUGAACCAUCCUAACAAAAUGAGUUGUCAGUCACCAGAGCCACUUUUGAGUUAAAUAGGAACCCUCCACAUUUACCCACAUAAUGUCCAUUGUAUAUCAGGGUGCCAAACUGAGUGAUACUUAAAAAGAGAGAGCUCAGUUUGUUCUUUCUCAUGCAACCUAAGCAUGGGCAAAAUGGCCUUAAGACUCAUUUUGAGGGAUCUGGUUAUAUAAAUUUCACUACUUUGAAUGAAUUCACAUCAGCAAAGCUUCAGAGAUCUUGUGUUCUCAUCCUUCACCCUAACCCUCCUCAAUCCUUCACCUGUUGGAGGACUGAGGAACGUUAGGGUUAAUGAAGUUUCCUUUGCUAAACUGAGUUUUGGAUUAUAAAGCCACAGUCUGCCAGACACUCUGGGAUCAGUUCACUCGUAAGGCUACAAAAUUCUGUUGAAUAUGGACCGAUGAUAUUUCAUUUUGUUCCUGCUCGUAGAAUGUGUUUGGACACAGUGUCGAAAAGCAAUUUCCGACUAAUUCAAGCAUGUGCUUGGAAGGUGCUUGGAAGUUUGAGGAUUGCCCAUUGAUGGACUUUGGUGGUCAUUAUGGUGGAAGUUUAGAUUUUCUUCUUGUUUUUUUUCUGUAUUCCUGUUCUCCCCACACCGUUUUGCAUGGAUUCUUUUUGUUUGUAGAUAAAAUUAGCACCAUAAACCCAAAACAACUCACUUUUUUCUUUUAUUGCUAUUUAUCUGACUCUGCUUAAACGUACUCUUGUUUUAAUCAGAGGAGUGAUUUACAGUACAAUCGAGCACGAUCAUUUAGGUGCACUAGUGUGCUGAGUUCCUCAAAUAGCAUCAGCUGAGAAACAUGGUGUGUCUUUGUUAAUCUGGUGGCAUAUUGUAUUGUGACUUACUUCUCUUGAAGAAUUGCCAAUUUUGUGUUCACUUGAAUGUUAUUAGAUUACUUCAGAUGAACUUACCUGGGGGUUUAGGUCUUCAUUGAUCUUUGACACAAAAUGUAGUAGGGCAAGUUCGAGCAGGAACCAUUUUCAACCACUGGUUGAGUGUGCCUGGUGUCCAAGUUACAUUUUGUGCACAGGUUACCAGUGAAAAUCAACCAGCGGUCAGUAAUUGGUUGUACUCGAACUUGCUAUCCUAUCACAUAAGAUGAACUGUACAUAUCUGUUGGUUGUAGCUUUUCGUUGAUCCAUGUCACAAGUUGUCACUCUAAGUGCAACCAAGUGAUUAAUUUCACGAAUGUCUUUGUCUUCAUCACGUUUCAUAUUUUUGACUGGUUGAUGAAAUUCCUUUUUGGCUGAUUUUUAUUACAGAAGAAAAUGCAGUUUGUUCUUUUAGGUUAAAAUCAUGCAGUCGUGAAAAAAUAUUGAGCCAAGAAGAAGAGAGUGUCUAUUUUUUACCUUGUGCUCUCAUAUUCAAAACACAGAAGAAACAUUUGCGUUGUUUACAAGGUUUAAUAUAAAGCAUUUAAUUUCUUUGAAGAAAUGUGAAUUUAUCGUUCAAGAUGAAUUGAUUGUUACACUUUCUUUGGAACAUUUUCUUUCAUCCGUUUUUUGAAAUCAUGUUUUCUCUUUACCUACCAUUUAACUAAUUGAAUUCUACAGUUGACAAGUGAAAAUGUAUGUCGGAGAAAAUUGUUUAUCAAGGUCACAUAAAGACGUUUCUAGUAUAUAUAUGUAUAUUUUAUGAAUCAAGAGUCUGCUGAGAUUUAUUUUGUUGCUUUAAAGAUAAAAACAAUUCUAAAUGAUUUUUUGUCUUUUAGAAGUAUUCUCCGUUGUUGUAACAGUGGAGGGAAACGUAGUAUUGAUUGGACCUGUGAACUUGUCACAUUGAAAUGAGGCAAAUACAUGUACAAUCAUGACACUUGUUUACCUUGGAAACCAACAUCUUUAUUUCCGCUUUAACCAAUUACAAAUUCCAUCCCAAAAAAAAGGAACAAAUUAAUACGAUACAUGCAUUGUUCAUACCAAAAUCUAUAAACUAUCUUUCAUAUAUCAGAGUAUUUUUUCAUUUAAUCAAAAGGAUAUCUUGCUGUAGUUUGUUUCUUUGAUUAGACAUUGACACCAUCUUUGGGACAGAUCUGCAGCAUAUAAUUUACAAAAGAGUUGAACGCUUCCUUGAAAAAAUAUUUUACAAAUUGCCUCAGUUAAAGUAUGGAUAAACAUACAUGUAUUUAUUGAAACAUGAUUUACAAAUUACACAAAUUUGAGGGCGUCCAAUACUCCAAUUGCUGCACUGUCAGAAAAGCACACAGUUUACCACAAACAGCGAAAACACGUCCUUUAAAUAAAAGUUUUUUUCUACAGCCACAAAUUCUACCACACAAGUAUAUUUUUCGUGAAUGAAAAGAAACUACAAAAUGAAAGAGACUACAUUUGUAUUUAUACACACUUUUAGAUACAACUUUUACUGAUAACAUGAUUUGUAAGGAAGUUAAUUGAGAAAACCAGAACCCUGUUUUAAGGAAAACAUGGCAGUCGAAAUUGCCAAGUAAUUGUUGGAAUGUACAUCAACAUCACCAACUGUGGUGUGUUCAACCCAGUGGUAGUCUUUCCUGUGAGGUACAUGUGUACAUGUUGGUGAGGAGUUAUUUUCCAGAUGUACACCUACCUCUACUUUCAAAAAAGCUAGUUACCUAAUGAUGAUCGCAUUCAGUUAAUUUAGUCUCGCCGUACCAAUAUCUACAUCAUACUAAAAACCAAACUUAGACUUCAAAACCUAUAUGAUGCAAAAGAUGUGAUAAAUUCAAGCAUAUGAAUAUUGGCCUGCAAGAUGUAUGCACCGACUUUUACCCGGUGAAGCCACUGUAAAGAGAUUGGAAACUACAAUUUCAAAGAUGUAUCAUCCAAAUGAAGUUUUUUGUUUCACAUGCGUACAAGGUUGCUCAGGUGUAUAUAGCCUCGCAUACUGAGAUACAACCAAAGUGGCAACUU